AUGUCCUCCGUUGAUGAAAAGACUUUGUUAGAGUCCUAUCCGCAAACAUGUGCUCCAGGUUCUAUAUCUGGUACUCCAGGUAACUUAAACGAUGCCCAAUCUAAAGCCUUGGCUGAAAUGAGAAAGAUCUUAACUUCAAAGGGUUAUACUCUAAGAUUAGACGAUUCCACUCUAUUAAGAUUUUUAAGAGCAAGAAAGUUUGAUGUAAAUUUAGCUCUUGAAAUGUUCGAACAAUGUGAAAAAUGGAGAAAAGAAUUCGGUACUGAUACUAUCUUAACUGAUUUCCAUUACGACGAAAAGCCUUUGGUUGCUAAAUACUAUCCACAAUACUACCAUAAAACUGAUAAGGAUGGCCGUCCUGUUUAUUUCGAAGAAUUGGGUGCCGUCAAUUUACCAGAAAUGUUAAAGAUCACCUCUCAAGAAAGAAUGUUGAAAAAUUUAGUUUGGGAAUACGAAGCUUUCGUUAAAUAUAGAUUACCUGCUUCUUCAAGAUACAGCAAGAACUUGGUCGAAACAAGUUGUACUAUUUUGGAUUUGAAGGGUAUCUCCAUCUCAAGUUUUUACAACGUUAUCGGCUACGUCAAGGAAGCUUCAGUUAUUGGUCAAAACUAUUACCCAGAAAGAAUGGGUAAAUUUUACAUUAUAAACGCUCCUUUUGGUUUCUCCACAGGUUUCAGAUUGUUCAAACCUUUCUUAGACCCAGUCACCGUCUCAAAGAUUUCUGUCUUGGGUUCAUCUUACAAGAAAGAGUUGUUGAAACAAAUACCUGAAGAAAAUUUACCAGUCAAAUUCGGUGGUAAGUCUGUUGUCGAUGACAAACAAGGUGGUUUAUACUUGUCUGAUGUCGGUCCAUGGAGAAAUCCAAAAUACAUUGGCCCAGAAGGUGAAGCCCCACAUGCUUUUGCAUUGAACUGA